AUUCUGGGAUUUGGAAAUAUUUGGGUGGGCAGUGUAACAAGGACAGCAUUCUCUCUGCAAACAGCUGCAUGUAUCAUUAUCAGGUAUAAAGGAAUACAUGAUCCUAAGGGACAGAAGCAAAUACGUCCCUGUGGUUUAUGGAGGAAGCAUUGUUUUGAGCCCUCUGGAUCUGAGUCCUUUGCAUUUGGAUAUUAAAAUAAGUGGGAUUACUCUUCCCAGAAGAGAUUACUACUUUUCCAGAAGUUUCCAGAUGUGGGAAUACAGUUAGCCUCUGGUGUUGUAGUAAAUGUGUGCUUCUUUGUUUUACUCCCCAAACAUAUUGUUCAUACUCAACUUUGUUAACUUCUGGUAUCAGGUUGUUAGAGAGGGUGUGUGGUCAAACAGAACCUGACUCACUGUUCCUGGGAGCUAUAAAAAGGAUUCAGUGGCAGUUAAAAGCCAGCAGAGCACUUUUUUUUUCUAAGAACGCUUUACCUUGAUCGGACAUGUCCAAGAGUGUGUACGUCUCUAAGGCUGCAGCUGUGGCCACUGUGACAGUGGCAGCUUUGGCUCUUGUCACAGUCAUUGGAUUGGUCAUUUUCCAUCUUAUCCGAAGCCAAGAAUGCUCUCAUCUAUUGUUGCCAACAGUUCUGACCACCACUUUGGCCCCAAAUGGACAAGCACCUGAUAUGAGGCUGCCGGGAAACCUGAUUCCAGAGAGCUAUGAGAUUUAUCUGCGGACGCACCUGUACACCACGUUGGACAACCUCAACGAGCAGAACUACAACUUUUCAGGAAACUCUACAGUGAAGUUCAAGUGUGUGACUGCUACCAAUACCAUCUACAUUCACAGCAAAGAUCUAAAUCUAGUCGUUUUAGGUGUGAUUGAGGAAAAUAGGAAAAACAUGCCAGUUAACCAGGUCCGCCUGUUGGAAGACAACAGGGAAUUUGCUGAAAUAGAGCUUGCUGACACUUUAAAAGUUGGCAGAAUUUACUACCUCAUCACUGAAUUCAUGGGAGAGUGUAAAGGAUCUAAAGGAAUUUUCCUCAAUCAUUACAAGGAAAAGGGAAAUAAUGAAAGUUUUACAAUAGCAUUCAUUGCAGCUAGUAAAAUGGAGCCCAUGGACGCAAGAAGAGUGUUUCCCUGUUUUGAUGAGCCAGCCAUGAAAGCUGUGUUUAACAUCACUAUAAUCCACAGGAAAGGUUCUGUAGCUUUAAGCAACAUGCCACAGAAAGACCAAGUUGAAAUGGAAAUUGAUGGAGAACAAUGGUUAGUCUCCGAGUUUGUUCCUACUGUGAAGAUGUCAACUUACCUCUUAGCCUUCACAGUGUCCUGCAUGAAAUCCAAAGAGACCAAAAAUGAGAGGACCAUGCUAAGGACAUGGGCAAGGCCUGAAGCCAUAGCUGCUGGGCAUGUGGAUUAUGCUCACAGUAUCACCAGAAACAUUCUGGACUUUCUUGAAGAGUAUAGUGGCAUUGAAUAUCCUUUGAGAAAACUUGAUCAGUUAGCCGUGCCUGAAGUAUCUGGUGACAUUAUGGGCAUGGAGAACUGGGGUCUGAUCAUCUACGCCGAGAACACUUUCCUGUAUGACGCAGGCCACUCCGCCACACCAGAUAAAGAGAUGACUGCCAUUAUUAUAGCUCAUGAACUGGCCCAUCAGUGGUUUGGAAACCUGGUUACAAUGAGAUGGUGGAGUGACCUGUGGUUGAAGGAGGGGUUUGCAACAUACAUGUCAUACCUUGCUGUGGACAAAGUGGAGCCCACUUGGAAUAUUAAAGAUCUUAUUAUCGCUCGGGAAAUCCAGAAGGCGAUGUCUAUAGAUUCAGAGGACUUCUAUCAUUUCCUCAGUGACAAUGAUCUACAAACUCCUGAUGACAUCCUGAGUCUGUAUGACAUUAUCACCUACAGCAAGGGGGCAGCAGUAUUGAGAAUGCUGGCCAAUACUUUGACAGAGAGUGUCUUUAAAGAGGGUGUCCAGUCAUUUCUAAAGGCUUAUCAGUACAAUAGCGCUGAAACACAAGACCUUUGGAGUCACUUACAGAGGGUAGUGGACAAGAACAGUCUUGACAUACCUGUUGCAGAAGUCAUGGACACCUGGACAGAGCAAUCAGGCUACCCUCUGAUAACCAUCAACACCGCAUCUGGAGAAGUGUCACAGGAACAUUUCAACAUGGAUAGAGGACAGCAGAUUUGGCAGAUACCAAUAAAAGUGAUGAAAUCAGGCUCAGGAGAGAUUGAAUCUCAUUUGCUGACUGUGGAUGGACCAGUGUCGAAGCCAGUGUAUCAGUGUGAGGAAAAUGAGUGGAUUAUUGCCAAUGUUAACUGCACUGGAUAUUACAGAGUUAACUACGACCCAAAGAACUGGGAAAAACUUCUUCAACAGCUGGAAACUGAUCACCGGAAAAUACCUACCCUCAGCAGAGCUCAACUAAUUGAUGAUGCAUUUAAUCUUGCAAGAUUUGAAUAUGUCAAUAUCACCCUGGCUUUAAACACCACCAAGUAUCUGUUGAAUGACACAGAGUUUAUGACGUGGGAAUCUGCCAGAGAAAACCUGUUUCAUUUAAUCCUCAUGUUUGACCGUUCUGAGAUCUGUGGUGCCAUGAAGGCAUAUUUAAGGAAGCUAGUAGGUCCACUUUAUGACCAUUUUGAAAACUUCACAAUGAAUGCAUCCAUCCCAGACAGUCACACUGCCCAGCUUAACCAGAUUAAUGCAGUCACACUUGCUUGUGCCAUUGAACUUCCUAAGUGCAAAAAGAUGGCAACUGAUCUAUUCAACCGGUUGAGGAAGGACCCAACCACAAAUCUGAUACACCCCAACCUGAGGCUCAUGGUGUACUGCAGUGCCAUAGCUUCAGGGGGGGAACUGGAGUGGGACUUUGCCUGGGAGAUGAUGAAAACCUCCCCCAGUGAUCAAGAAAGAAAAAGGCUGGCGGAAGCCCUGGCUUGCACCAAGCAUGUCUGGAUCCUCAACAGGUACCUGGAAUAUACUCUGAACCAAAAUAUAAUCAAGCCAGAGGACUUCAUUUUCACUGUUGACGUUAUCGCCAACAACGUGGUGGGGCAGUCCCUUGUUUGGGACUUUGUCGUAUCCCAGUGGCCCAACAUCAUCAAAAGGUUUGGGAACAAGUUUUCACUUUAUCCCUUAAUUCAUGGAAUAACACAGAGAGUUCCUACGAGAUACGAAGAACAAAAGUUAAGGAAGCUAGAAGAAAUCUACAACGAAAUGUCCCUUUACCACUCUGGUGACAAUAUUUUUGAGACCGUCAUAAAGAAGAGCCUGAUUAACAUCCAGUGGGUGGAGAAACACAAGCAAACUGUUUUCCAGUGGUUUCAAAGGGAGAUUUUGCAAGGAAACAACGAAGUCUGACACUAAAUCCUAGUUUCAUUCUAAGCAAGACUGAUUCAUAAAACUUCUGGAUAAACUUUUCCUUUUUCAUUUUUUGUAUGCUUACUGCUCAGUGUUAGCAGCUGUGUGUAGGAGUAGCUAGUGUACAUGUUGUCCUGGCUCCACUAAGCUCAUAUUUUAUAAGUUUAUCAACAUUAUUUGUAUGUUGUGUGCAGCCAACACUAAUAUACCACAUUGACUCUUUUUUAUUUUUGUGAUCAUGGGAUAAGCUGGAAGGUAGGAAUUUUUGGAAUGACAGUACUGUAUACCUGUUCCCUUUUUGAUGCAUAUGAUCAAAGUUUUUAUCAAAUAUGAUGUGUUUCAUUGUUACUUUCACACUUUAAAAUUCCUACAAAAGGAAGUCUUAAAAAGUAUUUAACAUUUGUAAAUACUGUAUUAAUAUUCAAUUAUAUUAAACGUCCACUGAAAUUAGUCUCAAUAUAAGGAGGUUAAUGUUUAUAAUAGGCUUUACUGCAUUCCUGAAAAAAAUACAUUAAAAAAAUAUUCAUUAAAUACCCAUAAACUUCAAGGUCCUAAAUUGAGCUGUACAUUUUCAUACUCAAUAUGUCAGAUUUCCUUGGAAAUAGAAGUGAUCCUUUCAGUAGCCAUAGAAGCAAUAUUGUCCUAAAAGAAAAAUAGGUGUGGGUUUAUCAAAUCAAGCCACAUCAAAUUCUCUCAUGUUGCACACAGUACACCUGUGGUUGUGGUUGCUGAUUGUAUUGCACCAAUUUAUCCUUGGAAACCGGCACCAAUCAGAUCGAUUGACUGGGGAUGUCAGUUCCACUGGUACGGAAUGUAAUGGAAAUCCUAUGCUUUUCAGAAAAAAGGCAGUGAAUGCAUUGAUAUCAAAUGAUCAAUUGAACUUGGGUGCAACAGUACACUUUGAGGUUGACCAUUAAACAAAGGAACCAAUGAGGGCAGGACUUUCACAGUUUUAUCAUGAAUGUUUUGUUUGUAGUUUUGUUUUGUUUUACCUGAAAAUUAACAAAGAAUGGGAACAUCCAUUCAUCCGUCCAUCCAUUAUCAAGGCAGGAAUACACCCUAAACAGGCCACCAAUUUAUCACAGGGCACACACACCCUCAAUGGGAAUAUUUCCGCAGAAUUCUAGAAGGAGUGUUUUCAGAAUUUUUGCGACACUCCUGGCCAUCAUACCACAACACCAUGUAGAUGUUGAUACUUUACAUUUAUAACAACUUAUUGCAAAAUACACUACAUAGCCAAAAGUAUGUGUGCACCUGGUAUGCAAUAUCUCAUCCAAAAUUAUGGGCAUUAAUAUGGAAUUGGUUCACUUUUUUCUGCUGUAAAAACCUCCACUUUUCUGGGAAGGCUUUAUACUAGAUGUUGGAGCAUUGUUGCCAUAAAUUGUUUCCAUUCAGCCAGAAAAGCAUUGCGAUUGGGCACUGAUUGGGUGAUCAGGCCUGGCUCACAGUUGGCUUUCCAGUUGAUCCCACAGGUGUUGGAUGGGGUUGAGAUCAGGGCUCUGUGCAGGCCACUCAAGUUCUUUGACGCUGUUCUCGACAAAACCAUUUCUUUAUGGACUUUGCUGUGUGCCCGAGGGCAUUGUCAUGCUGAAACCUACAGUUUCCCUACAGUUUCCCCAAACUGUAGGGGAAGCACAGAAUUGUCUAGAAUGUGGUUGUAUGCUGUAGCAUUAAGAUUUGCCUUCACUGGAACUAAUGGGCCUAUCCCAAAGCAUGAAAACAGCCCCAGACCAAGGGGUGUCCAGAUACUUUCGGUCAUAUAAUGUAUGUUUUAUAACAAUAAUGAUUCAAAAAAAAUAUUACCAUGUGCUCAAAUUAGGCUAAAUGUAGUUAGUAAACAGUGUUAAUGAGGUGCUGCUCUGCAUUUUGGUUGCACGGAUGUAAUAGGUAUGGCUAACUUAAUGAUGGAUAAGAUUAAACAUUUUGUACUGUGUGACCAAGUAAUAAGCGUGAAAACAAUUGUUUUUUGGAUAUGGAAAUUGCCAUUUUGUGUGCAUACUGAUGACUUAACUGUCACAAUGUUGAACCAAACUCCCAAAGGCAUAACAAUCUUAAAUAUAGUCUGAAAACACCA